GUUGGCCGAAGUUUAAAAAUAGCAAAUUUUUGGCUGGAGUUUACCUCCGCGUUUUAAAACAGUGGCGUCCGUCAAUAAACACUAGCAGCGUUAAUAAAUUAGGGGUAAAUUAGGAUUUUAGCUAAAAAAACAACGGGCAUGAACAGCGGGAAACCGCACAGAAAAAUCUGGAGAAACCCCGAGAUUUGUAAACUCAUCCAUGAUCUAAAAGUACCCCUUUUCUAUCACUUGAUAUAUCUGUGUAUAGUACAUAUAGAUUGAUGUUAUAUUCGAUUGGUGUUAUUAAUUUUGUUGAAUCAGGAACAACAAAAAGAGGAUGGUGUGAAGGCUGCCUAGAAGAAGGCCGCCGCCGCCGCCGAAAGGGGUGGCAAAUCUGUUGCUGCUGCUACGGCCAAGUACUAGAUACUGAAAAUAAUGGACUCGGAAGACAAGGGGAUGGGAGUUACUGAGGGGAGUUCGAAGGAGACGAAAAAGCGAGGCAGACCAAAAAAGAAUGCUGAUCCACCAAAAAAACACUCAGUGUCACGAGAAAAGAAUGCUGAUCCACCAAUCAUACACUCAGUGUCACCAUCAUUGAUUGCUGAGUCACCCCCACCUGGGUUCCCAUCAAAAUUUCUUGUCUGGCCUGUUAAAAAUCGUACUUCACUCGCAACAGGAUCAGUUUCAGCUGGUGUUUCACAGAGUAAGGCAGUACAUGGAUCUGUUUCAGCUGGUGGUUCACAGAGUAAGGCAACACCUGGUGCCGUCUCAGAAAAUUUAGCAUCUGGUGCAAAGCAUAAAUUAGCUAUCAAGUGUCCUGAGCCAAAGUACAAGCUUAUAAACAUGGAGAAUGAAGAAUUUACUGGUAGACAGGCUCAAAUGCAGUUGCACCAGUUUGCCUCAACAUUUUCUGAGCUGAACAAUGGCUUUGAGUCUGCUAAGAAGAAAAUAAAGGAGCUAGGGAAGCAAGUACCUGACCUCACUAUUCAGAUCCAAAAGUGGAAUGAUGAGAAAGCGAGCUGGGAUUUGAAGAUGAAAGAACUUGAGAGGGAACGCGAUGAAGCUCGAGAAGAAGCACUUAAAGCUGUUGGUGAGAAGCGUGAUCUAGAGAAGAAGUUGGAGAAGGCUGCCAAAGAGGCAGAAGAUGCCAAGGCCUCUGCUAAGAGGGCCAUAGACGAAAGGCGUGAUCUCAAGGUGAAGUUGGAGAAGGCUACCAGACAGGCAGGGAGUGUUGAUAGCUAUGCUAAGAAGGCAAUUAGUGACGCGGCAAUCAAAUUUGUUGAGGAGAAGCGUGACCUCGAGGAAAAGUUGGAGAAGGCCGUGAAACAGGUAGAAGAUGCCCAGGCUUCAGGCAAGAAGGCGAUAUAUGAGGCUGUAGCCUCAACAACAAAUUGUUUUAAGAUUUGCUUAGACAAAUUUGUAGCAUCCUUGGGCAAUGGCGAGGAUAAAUCUUUGGAGGACCAUGUAAGCAAGCUUGUCAAGGCAAUCCCCUAUGAUGCUAGGGCCCUAACUGAUGUGACAGUUGAAGUGUCAGGGCAUGAAGGUGACGGGGAUAAUAAAGAGGAUGCGGCAGGGCAAUCAAGGAUGUCUCAACGUGCUCCUAAGUCAAAUCCUAAGUACGCUUAACGUGCAUAGUGACUUGGUGCAUAAUAAUGUCAGUUUGUUAUCUUUGAAGCUGAUGCUAACUGCUUUGUGAAUUUGCUACUCACCCAGUAUGAGAGUAAGUGUUGUCAGAAUGCUAGAUAAAUUGAGAAGACUGAAUGGUCGUGAUGUAUAUUCUUAAUGGUCGUGAUGUAUAUCUAUUUAGAGUGCUUAUGUUAAAUUUAGAACCGCACCAGCUCUCAUGUCCUCGAAGGGUUGCUUGAUUUCCGAGUACAAUGAUGAAGACAUGAUGGUAGCUGAGGUGCAGGAGUUCUUGGUAUGGGAAUGACCUUUGUUCUUUUAAUAAUUCUUCUCUGGGUUUUAAUUUCGUUAUUAGAUGAAUUA